AUGUCGUCCCGCAAAGUGAUGGUGCAACCCAUCGUACGUUGCCCCCCCCACCGUGUAUUGGCCGUGGUCUCCCACACACGGCCCAUCGCUCCAACCGCGCGCCGUUCGUGUGAGCUAAUGCAAACGGUGUAUGGUGAUUGGACAGAAUGUGAUCUUCAAGCACCUGCAAUCGGGCACGCCUGUGCAAGUGUGGUUGUACGAUAACCUCGAGCAGAGACUGGAGGGCAAGAUCAUCGUCAGUGGUGUUUGCACGGUCGGAGCCUCUCCUCGUGCCCCUGAUUCGACCAGAUCAUGUUACUGACCUCUUGGUCGAGAACGUUGUUCGGUGCAAAGGGUUUCGACGAAUUCAUGAACGUCGUGCUCGACGAUGCGCAAGAGGUCUGGAUCAAGGACACGAAGCAGCACAAGCUCGGCCAACGACAACCGUUAGGUGCGCCUGGGCACCGCCGGCGCAACGCCGAGGGUGAUGAGCACUCCCUAAACGCAGCAUCGACUGAUGCUCUCAGCUUUGUAUCCCUUGCUAGGUCGCUUGCUGUUGAAGGGGGAGAACAUCUCGUUGAUUCAGAUGAGGGAUCCACCGCCCAACUCGCGUUAA